AGCACUUUCCUCCGGAGCCUGAGCUGCCCGGUAGCCUGUGAGCUACCUUGACGAAGACGCCUUGGAGGACUGCUGCAAAGCUGAGAUGUGUUCCAGCUCCAUCAGGCUCUGGCUGUUGUUUUCACCUCGCUGACCACGUGGUUCUGCUGUGGUGAUCUGUGCAGAGAGAAUUUGUGCCACCUACCUAGGAGUGGUCAGAGUGAAAGAAAGAAGUACUCAGAACUGGCCAAAUUAAAAGAACGUUUUUCAUCUUUCAAGUGAGCUACUGGAUUCUGCAGUACAAGUCUUCAUGAACAAGCUGCACCGCUUAGAGAUUUCACGGCAUUCAAAGGUCACAGAACUGCCACUAUGGUUAAAUGUCUUGUUUAAUGGUUGAGAGGUGCGGAGAAAUCUCAUUUGACAGUCCUGACCAGAAUGCCAAAUGUGUUUGCAUGCUAGAGUUUCAUGAAGAGCAAAUACUGAAGUGUGCUGUCUUGUUCUUUCUUCUUCAAAAUGCUGUUUGAGGAGGAGCCCGAGAGGCUGAAUUGCUCAGAAAAGGAUCUGUUCAAUGAAUAUCUUAAGACAGAACUCUUGGGUUGCUGAGCUGCCAUUCAAAGGAGAUGCACGGGUGAGAGGUCAGACAGGGGUUCUCUCCGAGCGCCGCGGCUCCUACCCGUUUAUAGACUUCCGUCUUCUUAACAAUAGUACACUCUCAGGGGAAAUUGGAACCAAGAAGAAAGUGAAAAGACUGUUAAGUUUCCAGAGGUAUUUCCAUGCAUCCCGGUUACUGCGUGGAAUUGUACCACAAGCCUCUCUGUACCUACUGGAUGAGGACUAUCUUGGGCAAGCAAGGCACAUGCUGUCCAAAGUGGGAAUGUGGGAUUUUGACAUUUUCUUGUUUGACCGCUUGACAAAUGGAAACAGUCUUGUAACACUGCUUUGUCACCUCUUCAAUGUGCAUGGACUUAUCCACCAUUUCCAGUUAGACAUGGUUACAUUACACAGGUUUCUAGUUAUGGUCCAAGAGGAUUACCAUAGCCAAAACCCAUACCACAAUGCCGUCCAUGCUGCCGAUGUCACACAAGCUAUGCACUGCUACCUGAGGGAGCCCAAGCUUGCCAACUUCCUCACCCCGCUGGACAUCAUGCUUGGACUGCUAGCUGCUGCGGCUCAUGACGUGGAUCAUCCGGGGGUCAACCAACCCUUUCUGAUCAAAACUAACCACCACCUUGCCAGCCUGUACCAGAAUGUUUCAGUGCUAGAAAACCACCACUGGCGCUCUACAGUAGGCAUGCUUCGAGAGUCACGGCUCCUCGCCCAUCUGCCCAAGGAGGUGACACAGGACAUCGAGCAGCAGUUGGGCUCCCUGAUCUUGGCAACAGACAUCAACAGGCAGAAUGAGUUUUUGAUCCGUCUGAAAUCUCACCUUGACAAUCAAGAUUUGAGGCUGGAGGAUGCAGAGGACAGACAUUUUAUGCUUCAGAUUGCACUCAAGUGCGCUGACAUCUGCAACCCCUGCCGGCUCUGGGAUCUGAGCAAGCAGUGGAGCGAACGGGUCUGCGAGGAGUUCUACCGGCAAGGUGACCUGGAACAAAAAUUUGAACUGGAAAUAAGCCCCCUUUGUAAUCAGCAGAAGGACACAAUACCAAGCAUACAGAUCGGGUUCAUGACGUACAUCGUAGAGCCACUCUUUGAGAGGUGGGCCCAGUUUACAGGAGAUACUCCCUUAUCGGAGAAUAUGCUAAACCAUCUCAGGAGGAACAAGGCCAAGUGGAGGAGUUUGCUCCACAAGCAGCACAGCAGUAGAAGCAUUGACCACCCGGGUCAAGUGACUGGCAGCCAAGAACAGACUUUAAAUAAGGAAGAGACUCCUUAGUGGCAGCUUUGCACUUUUCCUUAUAGCACUGCUAUCUCCAUCUUGAUAACAGCAGAAGACAAAAUCCCCAGGAGCUAGAAGCCUGUUGUCAAGACUGUGCAAAGGGAAGACACGGCAAAGCAGAAGCUGUAAGGGUCCUCACCAACCACCCUGCGGUUCUGCUGGGUACCUUUCUGGAUCUCCUUCACGUUCCUCUCCCCUCUCUCCAUUCUGCGCAUGCCUGCUGCCAUCUGUCACUUCUGAUCACGAACUGCCUGAGUCCCAGUCAGCACUACUGAAGCCAGGCUGGUCACAGCUGCCGCGAAGCAGGGAGGAUUAGUGGGAGAACAGGGGAGACAGAGUCCCUCUUGGCUACACGUUCAUUUACCACGAGUCAUACUGUGACAUAUGUAUAUAGGCCCUGAGUACCACAUGCUUUCUAGGCUGGCAGCUGGGCUGCACAGUAAACCACCAGCAUCUUCAGCAUCCAGAGGACACUAGCUGAGUGAGACAGCACUUGCAGAGGGCAAAGAGAGUCUGGUUAUUUUGGUAAUUAAACCAAAAUUCUUUUUAACUUUUGUAUUCUGUGCACUAAACAACAGAUCCAUGUCCACCUGGGACUGAAGUUACUCUCCGUAUACACAACUCCAGCGUAACAAGGCUCACUUUGGUAAUCAUUUUUAUGCCACUUUGGCUAACAGACAGGCAUCUUCUCCUUGCAAGGAACAGUACUCCCUCGCAACAGAAAGGGAAGGUGUUGUACAGUCUAACCCUUUGAACCACGACCAGAUCUAUCUUUUGAGUACUGUUUCAAGUAACAUGUUUAUAUUCGUGUAUAUUGUCUGUAAAUACAAAGCGCUACUGAUUCCCAUGCCAAAAUACUGGAAUACUGUGGGAUUGCUACCUGUAAAAACAUUGGCACUGUGAACAGAACACUGUUAGUUUUAAUACAAGAGAAAGCGUUUGUAAAUAGGGUAGAGAGUUUAUUAAUAUAGGCCAUUGUUUGUGGAUAAAAGCCUUAACUUUUAGCAUCCUUCAUCUUCUGGGAGCUGCCCAAAACAAAAAAAAAAAUCAUGUGAGCACCAGACAACGACUCUGAACUGCCUUUCCACUAACCAAGGUGUAUCAAAGGUCACUGAGGAAUGAAGUCUGGCUGGAUAACUUCUUGAAAACUUCAAGCACAUUCCAUAUGGGUCCGUGCUGCACGUUCAGUCUAGGCAAGUGCUUCACAGAGCCUGAAGGUUUAAGCUCAAAGAAUCCCCAAGCCCCACAGCAACACCACAUACUUUGACAGUUCAAGCUGACUGCCAUCUAUUCAAGAGUGUGAAUGUUUGUUAAAUAGCAUAGUGAGUGAUCUACAAAGCACGGCAUGCUGAUACAUUUGGAGUCCAGCUGUGUUCCUGAGUGAGGUUGCAGUGUAGCUGAUUUUUUACCCCCCUUGCCCCUUUCCCUUGUUAGCCAGCAUCAAAUGCAUUUUGAAGGGGAAAAAAACAAAAGGUGUUGUAAUCAGACUUAAAAAUAAGUCCUCUUAACCAUCAUAGUGGAGGAGCAAUUUUCUAUGCUCUCCUGUUUGUGAAAGAUACAGGCCUUAUCUAUACCGUGAGCAACCUCAGUUCAGGUAGUCUUUAUAGAACAUCACGUAAGCUUCCACCAUACCCAUGAGAUUGUAUUCUUGAACACUACUGCAUUGUACCAAAGUGAUUGUUGCCUUCUUUUCUCCUCUGCCCCAGAAAAAAUCACUGCAUUUGAGUAAAGUAUAAUGGUGUUUGUUGUACCCCACCCAGCACAUCAAACCUGUACAGCUUUUUCCAGGAGAACUAGAGCAGAUAUGGCCAUAUAAUCAUCUUUGGACAUGAAUACCUUGGAGAGGCCAACAAAGAAAGAGCUAGGUGAGUUGGUGUUUGAAAAAGAUCAUUUGGUCCAUAGUAUUGCAAGGGGAGAUAGAAUAGAAUCUUUCUCAGUUACAGGGAGCAUUGAGUAGACAAAGUGUUCAUGCACAUAAGGUGACUCAGAUAUGUGAAAGAAAACAAAAAGGUUAAGUUUCACUAAAGGCUGUUUUUUUCACUAUACUAAUUCUCUGGACAGGUGUCUUCAGAGGAAGAGACCAAAACCCAGCAAAGUAGGAAGGUGGAAAUCACUCUGAAUACACAAAGCAUCCUGAGAAUGUUUUUUCUAAUCCUCUACUAUUUCGUAAGCUAUAAGCAGUAGAAAAUAUUCUUCACCCUUUGUCUUCUAAAUGGGACUCAUAUUGGAAGUACCAUCAAAAAGCAAAGGUAGUCGUAGUAGAAUACACUUAUUCCUAACUACAGGAAUAAAUGUCUUUUAACCCUCUAACUGUGGGAGUGGAAGCAUCCUCACUUUAGAGCUUUUUAAGGUGUAUCUUUCCUUCUCCUGACAAGUUUAGGAUCGUUAGCAGGACAUUACAGAAGCAAUGUGAUGUGCUGCUUAGAAGCACUCAAGUACCUACACACGUAUGUAACGUCCCUUGGUUUCUUUUAUUGCUGAGACGUGGAAGCCUUUUUCCAGCCAGUUCAAGGACUUCCUUUUGAAAUAUUCUGAGCUUUAGUUAAACCCAGUGUCUAUCAACAUAAAAAGCUCUUGAUAGAUAGGUUUUGGAGCUGUUGCUGAAGACCUUCAAGAGAACAGGUCCAGUGGGAAAGAUGAGGUACAAAUCAAGCUCUGUUAUAGCUGCAGUUAAACCAAGACCUUUUCUGGAGCUUACGUGGUCUGUUACAAGUUUGCUCUCACCAGGUUAAGAUUUCCCAACUUUAAAAAGCUGCUCCUAAAGUGAAGGUUAUGGGGUUUUGAGGGUUUUUUUGGUGCAUUGAACAUACUUGCUAGAUUUCAGUCACCUUGUCUAACGAAAACAGUGCUUGAAGUGGGUUUAAGAUGGCUCCAGAAAUGUGCACCAAACCCAUUACAAAAGUUUGGGUCUGGGCCAGUUUGCCUGAGGCGCUCUAGACAAAAACCGUGCACCUAAAAGUUAGGCUCUGGCAGCAAAUGCCAGGCAGCCAGAUUGACUGGGGGUUUGUAAUGCAAAACACUGCUGUUUGAUUUCCCACAGAAGCAAGCCAGAUUGUACCCAAUCAGCCAAUCCAACACCACCAGUGCUCAGUAUUUGCAGCUGUGAAAUAGAUUUGGUAUUCUGCACUUUGGAGGACUUUUUUUGUCCUGGGAUUCCUCCUCAGAAUGCCAACAGAAUGCUAGAUGCACAGAACAGAGAAGCCUCUAUGCAGGUAAUACAGAUUUCUGUCUUGUCAGCCUUAUUAGCUAUAGGAAGCCCUUGUAAAUGAUUACAGAAAGCCCUUGUAAAUUAUUUCUCUUUCUUACUGGGCCAGCACAGCCAAAAGAUUCCAGAGCUUUAAAACUGACAUAGGUUUUACAUAGAAAGAAAGAGAAAACUGCUCAAAAGCAGGAGCUCAAAAUGCUUUUAUGCCCCACGAAUAUAACCCAUUUGAUCAAAAUGUAGUUUCUGUAAGUGCUGAUUUCACAACAGCAAAGAGGCAAGUUCUGCAUAAAUAACACCAACAAUGAAAAAAGUGUCAGUAAGUGUAACUUAGCCUUGUUAAAAUAAUUCAUACAUAUAUCUUUUUAAGUAAGAUUUUUACCUACAUUUCAGGUUUUAACAAGUCAAUGUUCCAGCCAUCAGCCAAAAGAGGAGAAAAAGGACUAUUGAAAAUAUGUACCUUUGAAACACAGAAAUGGAGAGGAGUCACUGAGAUUAAGUAUGUUUAUGAAAGGGGAAACAAUAAGAGUCUAUGAAAGGGAAAGAAAAACCAAACCCACAUGAUCUGCAGCUGUAUCUGAUCAACCUACAACACAGGUCAGCUAUUUUUGUGCAGACUAUUUGUUUUCACUGAGGAAAAUCAAAGUCUCCCCAAAUGAUCAGCAAGCAGGCUGCUACCACAGAAAAUGAGGCAAGCUCAUUUUCACACCGCAGAGCUCUCUCACCAGAAACAGAAAGCAUACCUGUAAGAGCUUACAAGUCUAUUUUCAUGCAUCCAUCAGGGUACCAACCUUUUUAUUUCAAGUCACUCAGCUGAGUUGGCCAUAGAGAACUCCCAUUCCCCUCCUGACACCCCUUCGUCCCCUGCUUAUGGUCCACCAAGAAAAAAACCUAAACAAACAUAAAAAUACUUCCAUUGUAAUUAAUUUAAUUGGGGAAAAAAAACACCCACAACCUUUUAAUUAUAAUUAAUUUAAUUGGGGGAAAAAAACACCCACAACCUUUUAAUUAUAAUUAAUUUAAUUGGAAAAACAUUUUAAUUUUUAAUAUGUUGCCCAGGGAAAGUUGUGGAUGCUCCCUCCGUGGAGGUCACAGGAUGUUAAGGGUUGGAAGGGACCCAAGGAGGUCAUCCAAGUCCAAGUCCAACCCCCCCCCCCCCGCCAGAGCAGGACAAUGCUAUCUAACACAGAUCACAGAGGAACACAUCCAGACAGGCCUUGAAUGUCUCCAGAGAAGGAGACUCCACAACCUCUCUGGGGAGCCUGUUCUAGUGCUCUAUGACCCUUACAGUAAAGAAGUUCCCCCUUGAUGUUCAAGACUGGGUUGGGUGAGGCCUUGAGCGACCUGUUCUAGUGGGAGGUGUCCCUGCCUAUAGUGGCGGUGCGGGGGUUGGAACUGGAUGAUCUUUGAGGUCCUUUCCAACCUAAACCAUUCUAUGGUUAAGAUCCUGCAAAUCCUACCCCUCACCCCCCCCAAAAAAAAGAGAAACUACUCCAGAAUACAAACAAAACAAACACUCAAGCAAGCUUGUGCCAUGAGACCGCAUUCAGAUCACUUUGAGUGGUGCAAACUGUUACUCUGGGGUUUUUUUCUUUGCCUGUAAUCCAUCUGAUACUUUAGGUACAUAAAACUUUUAAGUGCAGAGCCUAAGUUUGACUUGGAUGUAAAAUAUAUUCUGCUUGUCUUUGAAUUCAAGAUUGUAUAUGUCAUGUUUAUUGUAAAGCAUUUUAUAUAUACAUAUUCACAUAUCUUACACAACUCAAUGGGCCAAACCCUGGUCCCACCAACUCCACUGGGACCAAGAAGCAGCCCCCAUAUGUGCGUAUAUAAUGCCAUAUGCAUCAUCCUGAAAGAGAGCACUAGAUUGUGUGAAAAUGCUGUGACUGCUAUGCAGUGAUGCCAAGAGACUUAACUGUAUCUUUUUUAACAUGCUGCUGUAAGUAUUCAUCAUGUCAAAGAAUGACAACUAAUAAAAAAAAUGGGGGGAAAAAAAGGA